AUGUAUAGUAUUUCCUGAGUUUAAAAAAAUGAAUGGAAGUAUGGAGCCAGUUUUGCGCCUACCUAAAAUAAUUUCUACAACAACAACACUGAUUGUAAUGAAAGCAGUCUGAAGUCCGGUCUUCCUGUAGGGGAUUGUGUCAUAGAGUUGGAUGGGAGGGGCCACAGAGCUGCAGGAGUAAAUGACAGUUCCAGGCUGGAGGGAGGCAGAAGGAGAGAAAGAGAUGCAAAAAUGGCUGCCAGUGGAUCACACACACCGUCAGGUGACUACCUCCAUCUCUCAGAGCUGAGGAUUGUGCUGCUGGGAUACAGAGUAGCUGGGAAGACUUCAUCAGGAAACACCAUCCUGGGCAGAGAGGAGUUUGACCUGAGGACAGCUGUCCAGUGUGUGAAGAGACAGGGAGAAGUAGCAGGGAGGCAUCUAACUGUGGUCGACACUCCAGGCUGGUGGGCUAAUCACCCCUUAGAGAAUACUCAUGAGCUGCUUAAACAGGAGAUUGUACUCAGUGUGUCUCUGUGUCCCCCAGGACCCCAUACAUUCCUCCUUGUCAUAGAUGUGGAUGACUCAUUCACUGAGGAAUACAGAAGAGCAGUAGAGGAACACCUGGGGCUUCUCAGUGAGAAAGUCUGGAGUCAUACAAUAGUGCUGUUUACCCAUGGGGACUUUCUAGGAGACACAGCCAUUGAUCAGCACAUUGAGAGAGAAGGGAAGGCCCUCCAAUGGCUUGUUGAGAAAUGUGGAAACAGGUAUCAUGUCUUCAACAAUAAAAACAGGGGUGACAGCACGCAGAUCACAGAGCUGCUGAAUAACAUAGAGGAGACUGUGGCAGGAAACAGAGGUGGACAUUAUGAGAUAAAAGGAGAAAUACUACUGGAGAUAGAAGAGAAACGGAAAGCAGAGGAAGAGCGCGCAAAACAGAGACUGAUGAAGGUUCAGGAACAGAGAAAGACCCUCAGAUUACUAAUGGGUGACUCCCUCCAUCUCUCAGAGUUAAGGAUUGUGCUGCUGGGGUACAGAGGAGGAUCUGGGAAGAGUUCAGCAGGAAACACCAUACUGGGCAGAGAGGCAUUUGACCUGAAGACAACUGCUCAGUGUGUGAAGAGACAGGGAGAAGUAGCAGGGAGGCAGGUCACUGUCAUCGACACUCCUGGCUGGUGGAAGAAUCUUCCUGUAGAAAGGACUCCUGAGCUGGUUAAACAGGAGAUUUUGCUCAGUGUGUCUCUGUGUCCCCCAGGACCCCACACUUUCCUCCUUGUCAUAUCAGUGGGGUUUUUAUAUACUGAGGAAGACAGAAGAGCAGUAGAGGAACACUUGACCCUUCUCUGUGAGACGGUCUGGAGUCACACUAUAGUGCUGUUUACCCGUGGGGACUGUCUAGGAGACACAACCAUUGAGCAGCACAUCGAGAGUGAAGGGGAGGCCCUCAAGUGGCUUGUUGAUAAAUGUGGGAACAGGUAUCAUAUCCUCAACAAUGAGAACAGAGGGGAUGUCACUCAGGUCACAGAACUGCUGGAGAAGAUAGAAGAGAUGGUGGCAGGAAACAGAGGAGGACAUUUUGAGAUAAAGAGGGAGCUACUAGAGAAGAUAGAAGUUUGGAGGAGAAAAAAGGAAGACAAAGCUAAAGAGCUGUGCAUGAGGGUCAAGAAACAGAGAGAGAUCCAUAGAACAUUUAUAGGUGACUCACUCCAUCUCUCAGAGCUGAGGAUUGUGCUGCUGGGAUCCAGAGAUGCUGGGAAGAGUUCAGCAGGAAACACCAUCCUGGGCAGAGAGGAGUUUGACCUGAGGACAGCCGCUCAGUGUUUGAAGAGACAGGGAGAAGUAGCAGGGAGGCAGGUCACUGUGGUUGACACUCCUGGCUGGUGUAAGAAUCUCCCUGUGGAGUACACUCCUGAGCUGGUUAAACAGGAGAUUGUGUUCAGUGCGUCUUUGUGUCCCCCAGGACCCCACACUCUCUUCCUGGUCAUUCGGGUGGAUGUUUCGUUCAAAGAAGAAGAGACAAAUGCUGCAGAGGACCACCUGGAGCUUCUCAGUGAGAGAGUCUGGAGUCACACUAUAGUGCUGUUCACCCAUGGGGACUGUCUGGGAGACACAACCAUUGAGCAUCAUAUUCAGAGAGAAGGGAAGGCCCUCCAGUGGCUUGUUGAGAAAUGUGGGAACAGAUUUCAUGUCCUCAACAAUAACAACAGUGGUGAUGCCACUCAGGUCACAGAGCUGCUGGAGAAGAUAGAUGAGUUGGUGGCAGCCAACAGUGGAGAUGUGUUUUACCCUGAAAGAGAUUGUAAAGAAGGAAUGAAUUUGAUACCUGAGGAGAUGUUUGAGAAACCAUCUUUGCCAUUAAAGGGAGCUCACAGCAUAUACCCUCUUCUUCUGAGUAUGAGUGGAGGCAGCAGACCCGAGACUGGAUAUGAUGGUUCAGACCAGAUGUCUGAGAUUGGAUCUGUAGCUGAAUCUCUGCUGAGGCUAGUGGUACCUGGAGAUGACAUAUCUGAUACCCAGUCUCUGAGAAGCUCUGUGUACAGCUCCCAGACAUCAGAACCAGUAUGUGAGCACAACUCUGGAUCAAAGAGUUCUAGAGAAAAAUCCAGCUUGGAUGUCAUGAGUUUUGUACUCAGAAGAAUCUUUUGUAGUCAGAAUAAUCCAUGCACCAGUGAUGCAUCAAACCAUGAAUCUGAACACCGCUCUACAUCUACACCAGCGGAACGUACACUUGCUGUUGUGACAAAAUUAACACCUGAAACAUCCAAAGGAUUUACAGAAACGUCAUGCAGGCUCCAGUGCUCCCAUGCAGGUCUGUUCCAGUGCAGUUUGACAGGGCUGGUGUUUCUGAUGAAGAGGGAGGGGGAAGUGCUGUACAGAACUGUCCAAUGGGAUGAGAAUCUCCUGCACUCCACAGGCCAGACUCCUGCAGGACCGCUGUUCAGUAUUGAGUGUCUUCAGGGGUCUGUCUGUCAGCUACAUCUCCCACACUGUGAGAUUCUCUCUGGAGAGGGUCUUGAUUCCCUGUCUGUGGCCCAUGUUACUGGUGACAGUGUGGAGGUUUUACCACCACUGAGGGUGACUGACACACACGUAGUGGUGAACAUCACAGACCUCUCCUUGUGGGGCCUGGUCAGAAUGUUUAGACCCUUCCUCUCGAUCAAGGGACAGGUGUUACCUUUCCUCCAAUCAUUCGGCCAUCCUCAGUCAGUUCUGAAUGUAAUCGUUCUGCCAUCGAAUGUGCCCCUUAAUGAGGUGAAGCAACAACAAACAGGGAACACUUACAUACCGGUCUGUUCGGACUGCACUCUAAGUCGAGGGGAAAAAUACAGUCUCUCCUGUGAUCUGAAGAAGAUACAGGACAUCUACCCUAAAGCUAAGCGUAUUCAGAUUUACUGGGACUAUGGUCCAAACUACCACCCCACCUUUCAGGUGUUCCUGAACCCGGACACAGAACAUGUAGAGCUGAAACUUCUGGAAAGAGGGGCUGAUGGAGAUGAGGUGUGGGCAGGACGUGUCCUUCUGCCAGGUGCUGUGUUAGUGGGAAGGGAUCAGGCUGAGAACAGCCACAGUGAUCCUGCAGAGAAGCAACUGCAUUCUGUACGAAAGGACUUUGUGGAUCGUGUGUCAAAGUCGGUUGUUGACGAUCUGCUGGAUGGACUUCUGCAACAGAAAGUGAUUAAUAACCAUGAAAUGGAGACAGUAAAAGUGAUCCCUGAGAGGGCAGAGAAGGCCCGGGAAGUCAUUGACAUGGUGCUGAGGAAAGGAGACGUUUCCUGUUUAAUAAUGAAAACCCUUCUGAUUGAACUGGACCCCUUCUUAUGCAAAACGCUUGGCUUCCACUGAAACAUGUUAGUGUGAGGCAUUGAUGAACAUGGCCAAUGAUGUCUGUGUUCAAUGAUACAAUUGGUCUGUAGUUUGCAUAUUGAGCUAAAUCUAUUUAGAUUAUUUUGGAAUUAGCGUAUUAGGCUGAUCACUUCUCUAUCAUUCAACAUAACCUCAAUAUACAAUGUAAUGGGCUUUCUUCAAUAAGCCCAACAUGUUGGAUUUCAGGUUACAGUGUGAAUAGUGUAUAUUGUGUCAAGUUGAAUCAUUAUAAAUUCACAGAUGAAUUGCACUUUAUUUUUGUUUUGUCUGUAUUUGAUAUGUCCUUUCUGUGCUUGAUGACAUACAGUAUUUUAAUAUAGAGCCACAAACCAUCUCAUUUUAUUGUACUGGACAGUCGACUUCUCAUUCCACUAUAACAUGUAAUGUAAACUAGUGCCAGUACCGUACAGUCACAAAUUCCAUGACAUGAUAAUCACCUCCAUGAUAAUGAUUUGAUAUGAUUGAUAUUUUAAUAACAAUAGCUAUCAUUUUGACUGUACAUAGCAAUUAAGUAAAAUAAUGAUGACUAUUUUGAAAAAAUAGAGGGUUAUUGAACUUGUAUCAAAAAAUAUAUUUAUAAUUAUUAGAUUGUAAUUGAUUUGAUUAUCUCUGUAUUCCUUUCCUUUGUUUUCAAAUAAUAAUAAAUAAAGAAGAUAUUAAACCUA